AUGGACCACAACUCCCACGACCCUCCGCCGACCUACACCUCCUCGCUAGUGGACUUCCAAGCAGACGAGAAAACCCAACCGCCCGUCUGGCUUCCUCAUGCGGAGGUACCAGGGUUUGCCCUCGCGUCGGCCUUGUCUCGGGGUCUUCAGGUACCCUCUCGCUCUGAUGCCUGUUCGUCCGGCUUUGACUACCCGGAGGAGUUGGCUUCACAUGGAAUUACUGCUACUCACUGGGCCCAAUUCACCCAGACGAUCUGUGACGAAGCUAAGCUGUCGCGUCAGCAAUGGAAGAUUGUCAUCGGCAAGGGCUUGGGAACCUUGGCCGUGGGCGGCCUGAUGUUCGGGUUCUUCGGCGCCAUCCCAGCGUUGUUCAUUGCGCGCCAUGCUCGUCGACGUCAGGAGCAGCGAAACUUGGUCGCGGCGAUGGCGGGAAUGGACAGCCGCCGGCUGGCCCGCCACAUCGCCAGUUGGAAUGAGACGUUCUUCCAGUCGCGAGGUGUCUUGAUCCGCGUCGAUCUGCCCGACGAGUUUCUGGACGAGAUGGACGAGAUGGAUGUUGGGACGAGCCGACCACCAAUCUGCGGGGACCAGCGGGCUCGAGAGAAAGCAGCACUCAAGGCGAGGGUUGUGAUUAUUCCCCUGAAGGAGGAAAUAUCAUUGGCCUGCUCCGAAUCAACAGGGAGAGUAGAUGGAGGCUUUAGGGUCAAUUAG